GGGCGCGGCCGGGGAGGCGGCGCGCGCGCGCCCUGACAGCUGGGCCUUGCUCGCUCACUCGCUCGUCCCCGGCUUCCGAGCACAGCAUGGCGGUCAAGGUGCAAACAACCAAGCGAGGUGAUCCCCAUGAGUUAAGAAACAUAUUCCUACAGUAUGCCAGUACUGAGGUUGAUGGAGAACAUUACAUGACCCCAGAAGACUUUGUCCAGCGCUAUCUGGGACUGUAUAAUGAUCCAAAUAGCAAUCCGAAGAUUGUGCAGCUCUUGGCAGGAGUAGCUGAUCAAACCAAGGAUGGAUUGAUCUCCUAUCAAGAGUUCUUGGCAUUUGAAUCUGUUUUAUGUGCUCCAGAUUCUAUGUUCAUAGUGGCUUUCCAAUUGUUUGACAAGAGUGGAAAUGGAGAGGUGACAUUUGAAAAUGUCAAAGAAAUUUUUGGACAGACUAUUAUUCAUCAUCAUAUCCCUUUUAACUGGGACUGUGAAUUUAUCCGACUGCAUUUUGGGCAUAAUCGGAAGAAGCAUCUUAACUACACAGAAUUCACACAGUUUCUCCAGGAGCUACAGUUGGAACACGCAAGACAAGCCUUUGCACUGAAAGACAAAAGCAAAAGUGGCAUGAUUUCCGGUCUGGAUUUCAGUGACAUCAUGGUUACCAUUCGGUCUCACAUGCUCACUCCCUUCGUGGAGGAGAACUUAGUUUCAGCAGCUGGAGGAAGUAUCUCACAUCAGGUUAGCUUCUCCUACUUCAAUGCAUUUAACUCCUUACUGAAUAACAUGGAGCUUGUUCGUAAGAUAUAUAGCACUCUAGCCGGCACGAGGAAAGAUGUUGAAGUCACAAAGGAGGAAUUUGCCCAGAGCGCCAUACGCUAUGGACAGGUCACCCCACUAGAAAUUGAUAUCCUCUACCAACUUGCAGACUUAUAUAAUGCUACAGGGCGCUUGACUUUGGCAGAUAUUGAGAGAAUAGCUCCAUUGGCUGAGGGCGCCUUACCUUACAACCUGGCAGAACUUCAGAGACAGCAAUCUCACGGUUUAGGCAGGCCUGUCUGGCUCCAGAUAGCCGAGUCUGCUUAUAGAUUCACUCUGGGCUCAGUUGCUGGAGCCGUGGGAGCCACCGCAGUGUAUCCUAUAGAUUUGGUGAAGACCCGCAUGCAAAACCAGCGUGGCACUGGCUCGGUGGUUGGGGAGCUGAUGUACAAAAACAGCUUUGACUGUUUUAAGAAAGUCUUGCGUUAUGAGGGCUUCUUUGGACUCUACCGGGGUCUGAUACCACAACUUAUAGGGGUUGCUCCAGAAAAGGCCAUUAAACUGACUGUUAAUGAUUUUGUCCGGGACAAAUUUACCAGAAGAGAUGGCUCCAUUCCACUUUUAGCAGAAAUCCUUGCUGGAGGUUGUGCUGGUGGCUCUCAAGUCAUCUUUACUAAUCCACUGGAGAUAGUAAAGAUUCGCCUGCAGGUAGCUGGAGAGAUCACCACAGGACCCAGGGUCAGUGCCCUGAAUGUACUCCGGGACCUGGGACUUUUUGGUCUGUAUAAGGGUGCCAAAGCGUGUUUCCUCCGAGACAUUCCCUUCUCUGCAAUCUAUUUUCCUGUUUAUGCUCAUUGCAAACUACUUCUGGCUGAUGAAAAUGGACACGUGGGAGGUAUAAAUCUCCUUGCAGCUGGAGCCAUGGCAGGUGUGCCUGCUGCUUCCCUGGUGACCCCCGCUGAUGUCAUCAAGACAAGACUGCAAGUGGCCGCCCGUGCAGGCCAGACGACAUACAGUGGUGUCAUUGACUGUUUCAGGAAGAUACUCCGGGAAGAGGGGCCCUCAGCAUUUUGGAAGGGGACUGCAGCUCGAGUGUUUCGAUCUUCUCCCCAGUUUGGUGUUACCUUGGUCACCUAUGAACUUCUCCAGCGAUGGUUUUACAUUGAUUUUGGAGGCCUCAAACCCUCUGGCUCAGAACCAACACCCAAGUCACGCAUCGCAGACCUUCCUCCUGCCAAUCCCGAUCACAUCGGUGGAUACAGACUUGCCACGGCCACUUUUGCUGGCAUUGAAAACAAGUUUGGCCUUUAUCUCCCCAAAUUUAAAUCUCCUAGCAUUGCUGUAGUUCAGCCAAAGGCAGUGGCGGCGGCAGCUCAGUGAUGAGACAACCGUUGAGCGUGGCAAAAUGGUGCCCUGGAGAGAGAGAAGAGCAGCCCUGUAAUGUAUCCCGUCAGCUGCAUGGUGCUGACUGAGCUGAGGAGUCAAACUAUUCUUUCUAUAUGACAUAUACAUAUAUUUGUUUAUAAAGUAACCAUUUGCCCAGGAAAAAGCAACAACGCAGUUUUGAGCUUUAGUGUUAAGUGUUGAAAUGUUUUCUAAGCCUUGGCAUGGAUUAGUGUUCUAGACUGCUUUGCACAGCUUGCACUUAGAGUGACUGUACAUAUUGUACAUCUUUGUACAGAGACAUCUUGGCACCUCAUCCCAGCAAAUCACGUUUAUAGAAUGUACUGCAGUUCUAAGUGGCUUGAAAUGUACAGAAUGUUUUGAAAGUGUUUUAUUAAGAGUCACACAAAAAUAAAUGUAUUAAAAUUAAAUUCAUUCUCUUAUUGGUGACUUACAGCAAUAAAGCAUCAAUAUUGGAUG